AAGGGCGGUGGCUGCGGGGUGAGGCUCAUAACCACCCCGGCUCCUGCUUUGCCACAUUGCACCGCAGCCGUGCUGAGGACCGAGCCCCCUCCUCGCACCCCAACCAUGCCCACGGAGACCGAACGCUGCAUCGAGUCCCUGCUGGCCGUCUUCCAGCGGUACGCGGGGCGCGAAGGGGACAACUGCACACUCUCCAAGAGGGAGUUCCUGGCCUUCAUGAACACCGAGCUGGCUGCCUUCACAAAGAAUCAGAAGGACCCAGGUGUCGUGGACAGGAUGAUGAAGAAACUCGAUUUGAAUAGUGACGGGCAGCUAGACUUCCAGGAGUUCCUGAACCUCAUUGGGGGCAUUGCGUUGGCCUGCCACAAUACCCUGGUUGUUAAGACCCCUGGCCCCUAGCCCUGGCUGCUGCAUCUCCCCCACCACUGUGAACAUUCCUCGAACAAGACCGAUGCAAAGCUGGAAGCAGUGCCCUUAAGAUAGGGACAUCCCCAUCUCUCAUUUUUAUGUAUAAAAUAAAAGGUUUAAAAUCCUA